AUGAGUGCCCAAACCCAACCCGAUAGGGGUCAGGUGCUCAUUGAUCCAUCGACUCCGGCGGAAAAUGGUGGUCUUGAUAACAUUAAUUUUGAGCUUAUUCUAUAUGAGAAUUCUCAAAUUCAAGACCCUGCCGAUCAAAUUUACACAGUUGUUGGGAAACUCGGUGAAGGAAGGUGGGGGCAAGUCUACGAAGUAUCCUUGCCAAAUCCUUCUGGAGGGGAUCCUUUAUUAUAUGCGAUGAAAAUCUCGAAAUCGACAAGAGAUUCAUUGGAACAGUUUCAAUAUGAAACGCAAGCUCUUGCAUACAUUAAAGCCAACUCUUCAGACGAGGACUUACAAUAUGUAUCGGAUGUUCACGCAUACUUCCAAUACCAAGGCCAUAUUUGUAUUGUGCUUGACAAAUGUGGUCCGUCAACUCUUUCGUUUUUGCAGGCAAUAGAAUACAGCGGUCUACCUCUCAACCUCGUGCAAUCAGUUCUCCGAGACGUUCUUACUGCUUUAAAAAACCUAGCGAAUCUUUCAAUUAUUCAUUGCGAUGUUAAGCCAGAGAAUAUAUGCGCUUUGAACGACACUUCAUCCCACGUCAAGCUAGUUGAUUUCGGAAGCUGUGUCGUCGUUAAUACAAUACAAAACACGUACACGCAAUCAAGAUAUUAUCGAGCCCCAGAAGUAGCACUACAUUUAGAAUAUGAUACUAAAGCAGAUGUCUGGUCGACCGGAUGCGUGGCGGCUGAGCUCAUGCUUGGCCUCCCACUGUUUCCAGCAGAAUCUGAACGUCAUCUCAUUUGUUUGAUUGCACAGAUGCUCGGACCAUAUCCGGCGAACAUGAGAGAACAGACAGAGCGUCAUGAUGAGCUAUUCAUGCCAGAUGAAACUCUGAAAUCCGCUGAAAUUCUUUGUCUAGAAAAUGACGAGAAUUUCGUCAAUUACCAGCCUUACUUUAUACACGAGCACCUUGACGACAUCAUUAUGAACUACGCGUACCCAGAUGAUAUGACGGACGAGCAAAUCUCCGUAGAAAUGGAACACAGGAGAGUAUUUAUAGACCUUUUACAGCAAAUGCUACAAAUAGACCCAGCACUGCGUAUCACUGCUGACGUGGCGCUGCAACAUCCUUUCUUAUCUUUGCCUCUAUAA